AUGAAGAUAAGUUUUUGGAUUAAUGUUACUACUACCUUUCUUGCACUAUCAUUUUGCACCAUAAUUUUAAUAUGUGGUGUGAUUGUCAGCAGCAUCAACGAGUUUUAUGAAAAUGCUCUUCAUGAUCUUAAAGAAUUCCAAGUGGUUGAAAAAAAUAUUUGGAAUAAACUUUCGCAGUUCUCGCCUGUGCGAACCAUUAGAGAAAUAUCACUGAAAUCUUCAGAAUUUAGUCGAAGACGAAGACAAAUUUCACGAAAAUUACAAGAUAUUAAUUUUGAAAAUGGCAAUUACAUGGCAUUAUUAGAAGAAAUUUCCUCACAUGUUGUUCCUUCCAGUCGUGGAAAUGAAGGAGAAUUAGAACGAAAUUACCUCACUCCUUCAGUUCUUGAAUGUUCGAUAAUUUAUCCAUGUCCAAGCGGACCACCGGGAUUACCUGGAAAGAAAGGAGAAAAUGGAGAACCAGGAAUUCCUGGUGUUGAUGGUCACCCUGGCUUGCCAGGAAUUGCUAUCAGGUAUAUGGUAUCAGAUUGUGUCAAAUGUCCAGCAGGUCCACCUGGCCAAAAAGGACCUGAUGGACCGCCAGGAGAAGACGGUGCGCCUGGUAAGCCUGGCUUAGCUAGAACACUUGAUGCUUUUGGUCCACCAGGACCAGUCGGUGAUCCGGGACCUUCAGGUUUACCAGGUGAGGAAGGGGAACCUGGUAUGCCCGGUAUACCUGCUAUACCAGGUAUUAAGUAUUUAACUGGACCAAAAGGAUCGCCGGGAUUACGAGGCCAUGCUGGAGAGCCUGGAAUUCCUGGCAAGCAAGGGCCACCUGGAGAAAUCGGAUCGAUUGGUGUAAUGGGAGCUCCUGGUGAACCAGGUUUAAAAGGAGCACCGGGACCUGAUGGAAUGCCUGGACCGCCAGGAAUUCCUGGCAUUGAUGGUCAAUAUUGCAUCUGUCCAUCACGAAAUAAAACAUCGACAACAACCUUAUAUCCAAAGCCCUCAAAUUUUCAACCUUCCAAUUUACAAUCAAUGAACCGGCAAUCUUCAACUGAAUUGACGCAUGCAACCAUCAUUGAUGCUCAAGUUCAAUCCAAUACAAAAUCGAAAAUUGGUCCCUAUUAUCGGAGAAUUUUAGGAUCUAUGGCACAUCAGAUUUCUGGCUCCGAAGCUGAAUCCAUUUUAGUUCCGAAACAAAUUGAAUUUAAUCCAUUUCCUUCUUCUGGUUCUUUAUCUACGAUAGGGUCCGCUGUGCAACAUGUAGGAAACUAUAAACACAGUUACACAGCAGCACCAUAUACUUCCAUCUACCGGAAAACCGCUGAUGAAUCAAAGAAUUGA